AUUUUGGCGGGAAAAUAAUUUCGAAUUUCCUGAAUUGCAAGACGAAGAUCCAUCCAUUCUCCUCACUCUUCUCCUCUCAUUCUCUCUCUACAGAUCGGCGGAUUGAACAUGGAAGACAGUGAAAGCGAAGCAAUCUUCGAUUCGCUUAACCUAAAUCCCCAACUUUUCUUCAACGAGGUUUUGAACACCAUCGAUGAAUUGUUUGACGGUGCUUUCGACUUCUUUCAUCAACAGGCUUCGGAUAUGUUGCAGGUCGAGAGCACCGAUAGGGCUGAAGAUCUGAGAAAAGGCGUUUUAAGUGUUCGACGCCUCAUUCAGUCGCCCUUGGAUAAGCGUUUAGACCUCUGGAAGUUGUACAGUUUGAAGCACUGUUUUGCUGUUCCUGAAGGAUUUUCAUUGCCAGAAGCAAAUGAUGAAUCAGCUCGUAUAGCUGAUCUAGAUUCCUAUAUCUCAAAUGACGGUGAACAAGAUGCUAAGUUGGAUUCUUUAAGACAUAGGCUUGUUGAGGCUGGAAAAGAAAGUGAUUCCUUGAAUAGAGAGCUUCAAGAACUAGAAAGACAGUCUUCUUCAAUAAAGCAUUGUGCUGAACCUGUCAAAGAAGCAUUACAAUUGUCCGAGGAAUCAAGAGUCAUGUUCCAAGAGUUGACUAAAGUUGCUGCCGAACUUCGUGAGAGAAUGCAACAAAUGAAGCGAAAAAGGCCAGAAGAGCAUACUGGAGAUCAUGAACAAAUGUCGGAUUAUUUUUCCAGAUUCAAUCGUGAGCUUUCGAAUGUAACAGUGGAACAGCUUGAAGACUAUGUAGCUCAUGUGCAAAAGAAUAAUAUGUAGUAAGCUUUUGAACCUGUCAUUAUUUCUGAAUUGUAAAUUUUAACUCUUUGUGGCUUGU